AUGGCGGAAUCUAACCUCAAUCCGGAGCAGCAUCAGCCGGGAAACAGCUUGCCAGGCGGUCCACUACCGCCAGGAGUAAACCGACAACACCCAGGAAUGCAGCAAAAUCAUCAGCGGCAUUCGGCUCCAUUUUUGAACGGUCCACUAUCAGCACAGCAAUCUUCAAGUACCAGUUCGUCUUCCGCCGAAGCAUCCUACCAGCUCUUUCAGCAGCUAACGCAACAGCAACGUAUUCAUGCAGCAGCAGCAACAACAGUUAAUGCAGCAGCAGCAAGAUUUCUUUCGGAGUCAAACAAUAUCAAAGAGUUUCGCUAUGAUCCGGAUGGAAACAUAAUUAAUACCGUCGUCAAAAAGCGCCGUUUUGCUACAGUGAUGUUGAACGGUGUGAAUGUGCGUCUGCAUUUGGACACGGGAUCUGACAUAAGCUUCGUUUCGAAACGUUUAUGGGAGAAAAUAGAUUUGAUGGAUACAUUCGAUCUCUGGUCACUGCCCAUUAGCACGUACUGCAACAACGUCACUGUUCCUUCUGUCACUUUGCAGUCACUCAAAGCAGCAUACCCGAGUGUGUUUAGGAACGAGCUGGGGUUGUGUACGAAAACAAAAGUGAAAUUGGAACUGAUCCCAGGUGCAACUCCAGUUUUUCGUGCAAAGCGUCCAGUGACUUAUGCUGUACAUAGCAGUGUGGAUAACGAACUCGACCGACUGGAACGAGCAAAAAUCAUCACACCGGUAGACUUUUCGGAUUGGGCAGCUCCCAUCGUUGUCGUCCGAAAAACGAACGGAUCUAUUCGUAUUUGUGGUGACUAUUCCACCGGUCUCAACAAUGCCCUGCAACCGCAUCAAUAUCCGUUGCCGCUACCGGAAGAAAUUUUCAACAAAUUGGUUAAUUGCACAGUGUUUAGCCGAAUCGACCUGUCGGAUGCAUUUCUGCAGGUAGAAGUGGACGAAAGCAGCCGUAAAUUGUUAACCAUCAACACCCAUCGGGGACUUUACCGAUACAACCGUCUGGCACCGGGAGUCAAAGCAGCACUGGGAGCAUUCCAGCAACUUAUCGAUACUAUGCUGGCAGGCCUCCCUCAUACGUGUGGUUAUUUAGAUGACGUCGUCGUUGGUGGUGUAAAUCCUGAAAAUCACUGGGGGAACCUUCAUGCAGUGUUUCAAAGGAUCAGCGAUUUUGGAUUUACCAUUCGUGUCGAAAAGUGCAUAUUCGCUCAGCCGCAAAUUAAAUAUGUAGGUCAUCUGCUUGACCGCAACGGUCUUCGCCCGGAUCCAUCAAAGGUUCAAGCCAUCAACGAAAUGCCACCGCCCACUGACGUUUCCGGUGUUCGCUCUUUCCUAGAAGCAAUAAAUUAUUACGGCAAGUUUGUUCCUAGUAUGCGCACCCUUCGGUAUCCUCUUGAUGAGCUGCUCAAGGCGGAUGCAAAAUUUGAGUGA